AUGGUCAUAUUUGCAAUGACGACUACACGAACCGCUGCAUUAAUAGCAAUAAAUUAUAAUAGCACUAUGUUCAGUAUAGGAAGAUGCUUUUCAUCAUCCUCGACUGAAAAGUUGAGAAAUGCGAAUAGAAAGAAAGUGAUUGAUUUGACAGCUUAUCCACCAGAGAAAAUACGUAAUUUUGGUAUUGUGGCACACGUGGAUCAUGGCAAAACUACUCUGGCAGAUCGACUUCUCGAGUUGACGGGUGUCGUUGAUAAAAGUAGUCAUGCAAUUCAAAUGCUUGACAAAUUGCAGGUGGAACGGGAGCGUGGUAUAACGGUGAAAGCGCAGUCAUGUACUAUGUUUCAUAAGGAUUGCAUGUUAAAUUUAAUCGAUACUCCUGGCCAUGCCGACUUCAGUUUCGAAGUUUCUCGAUCUCUUGCCGCUACUAAUGGAAUUGUUCUUCUUGUCGCCGCUAAUGAGGGUGUAGAGGCACAAACGGUAGCUAAUUUUUGGUUAGCAUUUGAAGCUGGUUUAACAAUUAUUCCAGUUGUAAAUAAAAUUGAUCUCAGCAGUUCUAACGUUUCACGUGUUAUAUCACAAAUGGAGAAUUUGUUCGAUUUUUCGCCAUCAGAAAUACUUCGUAUUUCUGCCAAGAAUGGUACUGGUGUUGAUGAUGUCUUGGAUGCUAUUGUUGAAAGAUUACCAUCACCCAAAGGUGAGUUGCAUUUACCUCUUCGUGCACAUAUCUUUGAUUCCUGGUACGAGACUUAUCGUGGUCCAAUCGUUUGCGUUGCUGUGCAUGAUGGUAGGGUUUCCAAGGGGCAGAAAAUACGAACUUAUCAUACUGACUGUGAAUAUGAAGUGUUAAUGGUGGGCAUCAUGUAUCCGAAUAUGCAUGAAGUUGAGUGUUUAUAUGCUGGCCAAGUUGGCUUUCUGUUAACAACGAUAAAAUCAGUACAAGAUGCUGUUGUUGGAGAAACAUUAUAUGAUGUAAACAGUGCACGUAAUACAAUACAACCCAUGCCUUUAUUAAAGCCCAGUGCGUCGUGCAUUUACGCUAGUAUUUAUCCGACAGACGUGACUGAAUACAAUGCUUUACGCAUUGCGCUUCACAAAUUGGCUUUAAACGAUUCAUCGGUGCAAAUCCAACAUGACAGUAGCACCGCGCUGGGCAAUGGUUUCAAAAUUGGUUUUUCAGGGCUUCUGCAUAUGGAGGUUUUUUGUGCAAGAUUAGAGCAGGAAUAUGAUGCCAAUGUUACUAUAACUGCACCUAGCGUCGAAUAUCGCGCUGUCAUUAAGGAUAAUCCCACUAUUAUAAAGAAAAGGUACAAUGGCCAACGUGUGAUUCGUCUUUUGGAUGCUAGUAAGUUCCCAGCUUGUCCCAGCGACGUUGAUCAUUUCUUAGAACCGAUGAUAAAAUUAACGCUUUUAUUUUCCAGUACAUACUGUGAGCAGGUUGCAAGAUUAUGUAUUGAUGCUCGUGGAGAACAAGUUGAGAAUAAUGGAUUGGAUACAGAUUAUGCUAUGCAGCAGUGGAAAUUACCUUUUGCUGAAGUUUGUGUCGACUUUUUUGAAAGGUUGAAAAGGAUCACGAGUGGUUAUGUGACAUAUAAUUAUCAAUGGGAUGGUUUCAAACCAGCAAAAAUUGAAUUGCUUAUGAUAUAUAUCAAUGAUCUUCCUAUUUAUGAAUUCUCAGAAAUAAUGCCUUCAAACCAAGUUAAAGCAAGAGCUAAAGAAAUUGUAAAGAAAUUGAGAGAGGAGAUACCUCGUCAGCAAUAUGAAGUACGAAUUAAGGCUACUGUUGGACAAACAAAAAAGGCACUUGUACAGGCGAUUAUUCCUCCAAUCAAAAAAGAUUUUACGGGUCAACUAAAAGGCAACUUUGGAGGUGGUGGAUGGGAACGUUAUUGCAAAAAGCUGUCAGAUCAAAAAAAAGGAAAGGAACGAAUGAAACAGCUAGGUCAAGUGCAAAUCCCCAAAGAAGCAUUCAUCAAUGUACUGCGGAGGUAG